AACGUCUAGGGAGCGCCGGAAGCGGCGGGAGGAGGUAAUUGAAUGGGUCUCCAGAAGCGGAGUUGCUAAAACUGACAGAAAAUGGCAUAUCGAAGAGAUGAAAUGUGGUCUGAAGGGCGAUACGACUAUGAAAGAGUUCCAAGAGAACGUCUCCCUCCAAGGAUUCAUCCUGAUGAUGAUUACCAUAGAGUAGUAAACAUUGUGCCGAAGAAACCACCACUGCUCGAAAGACCUGGGGAUGGCAAUUACAGUCGGUAUGAUGAUUACAGUCACGCUGAGUACAGAGACUAUGAAGAGGGUCGCAGUUUUGCCCAUGACCGAAGAAGUGGCCCUCCACACCGAGGUGUACAUAAGGAUGAAUCGGGAUACAGAUGGCCAAGGGAUGAUCAUCCUAUAAGUCGGCAGCCUGAAUACAGGGACAUCAGAGAUGGCUUCAGAAGAAAAAGCUUCUAUCCUUCUCAUUAUAUGAGAGAGCGGUCCCCUCAUAAGAGGGACUCUCCUUUCUUCAGGGAAUCGCCAGGGAGCCGAAGGGAUUCUCCGCACAGCAGAUCUGGCUCUAGUGUCAGCAGCAGGAGCUACUCUCCUGAAAGAAGCAAAGCCUAUCCUUUCCACCAGUCCCAGCAUAGCAGAAGUAUGUCAUCUUUACAUAAAAGAAAUAUUUCUUCUCAGCAAGGUAAAGAGAGGAUGUCAGUUCAAUCACUGAAAACAUCAAGAGAUGCAUCACCUUCAGGCUCCACAGCAGUACCGUCAUCAAAGGCCUUGGAUAAGAGCAACAGACUAUCGGAAAAGGAACUUGCAGAAGCUGCAAGCAAGUGGGCAGCUGAAAAGUCAGAGAAGGCUGAUGAAAGCAAUUUACCUGAAAUAACAGAGUAUGAGGCUGGAUCUUCAGCUCCAUUAUACAUCGAACAAACAGAGGAAGCAGAAACGAAUAUAACGGAUGGUACGGAAUUAUAUGAGGAUGGCCAGCUUCUUGGUCGCUCAAAAGCAAUUGCAACUAAGACAAAGGAGAUUGAACAGGUCUACAGACAAGACUGUGAAACCUUUGGCAUGGUAGUGAAGAUGCUAAUUGAUAAAGAUCCAUCAUUAGAGAAGUCCAUUCAGUUUGCCCUGAGGCAGAAUUUGCAUGAAAUAGGUGAGCGAUGCAUUGAAGAACUGAAACAUUUCAUUGCUCAGUACGAUGCUGCCAAUCAAGAUCUAUCAGAAUCCUUCAAAGAGGGCUCAUACUAAGGACAAAAAUAUGCUUUUAGAUCCUCUGCAUUGUGUAUGCCACUAAUACAUAAAUCUGCUUUUUGCGGGGAAAGAGGAGAUCUUGUUGGAGAUUUGAACCCAAGGCCUGUGCUCCUUUGUAGUAGCUCGGGUGGCUAUAUCUUGUUCACUGUGGUCUCCACAAUUGUAUUCUUCCUACCUGUACUUGUUGACAUAUAUUCCUUUGAAAGGAUGUUCUUUUCAAAAAUGCUGUAAAGUGACAAACUAUUUUUGAAACCUUUACACAGUUACCUAGGAAAAAAUGUUCAGUCCGAUGUAUGUACACUUAUGUUUUGAUGUUUAUAAGUGUAACUUCAAACACUGUAUUUUUUAUUAAAAUAACAAGAAGCAGCUCUUCAUUCCUCAACUUACGCAGAAAUACGUCUUGUUUUCAUAUAUACUAUAGGAAGGGAAGACUUGCAAAAUUGGUCACAACUAUGAUUUAAAUUAUUUAUUAUAGUUUAAUUUUAAACUUCAGAUUCAUUCUGUAAAAUUACACUAGCGGUUAUCUCUAGUCUCUGACUGCCAGGGCAACUCUACCUACUUGAUAUAAGAAGUGCUGUAUUUUUGUUCUAAUUGCAGGUUCUGCAAAUGCCUUUUAAAUUUUAGUGUUUUUGUAUCACGAGUCAUUACUAGUAAGCAGUAUUAUGUAGGAUGAAUUCCAUUUUUUGUUACUAUUUGCUACUAAACGUUUCCUUUGUUAUGUUUUUGACUACACCUUACAGAGUAUAACUGCAGGCAGCCACUGAGCAGGGAAAGGUCCCUUCUCCUACUCGCUCCCUCUCCCCCCUUACGCCUUCUCACCACUUUUCAUCCGUCAGUUUUAACAGUUAGGAGGCUGUGUGUAAUCUUUAUUUCCGACAUCAAGAAGGAGCAGGAAUUUGGGGUGGCAAGGUGGGGCAAGGAAAGAGAGCAGGACCACCUCUUUAGGAACUCCAAGUUGCUUUGGAUUAGGUGUAACGUGAAGUUGAACCCUAAGGCCCCAAAUUCAGCAUCGUUUCAAACCUAGGUGAUUCUGGGUAACGUCUGGCACCACUUUUGACCUGAUAGAGCAACUUGUAGUUGGGGAACAGUGCUUGAGGAGAGUCAAGAGGCUGCCAGGGCUACGUGAUUACUUUUCAGAGAUGAAAAAUAUUUAGGACUCAUUGGCGGUAUCCUGACUAUUGAAUUGUGCACAGCUUUACAUUUAAUAAGGUACUGGGUUUUAUGAACGUUUUAUGAAAGGGAUAAUUUGAGUCAUAAUUACAAAGAGGUAAGUAUAAGCACGAUUGUUUUGUAUAUAUUUGCAUUUAGAAACACAUGAAAUGCUGUAAAAGGACUAAUGAGCAAAGCUCACCGUUUCCAAAGUGCACAGUAUUUUUAAAUUAAAGUCAUUGAAUUCAGCCCCCUUAUCAAGAUAGCUUCUCAAAUUUCAUCAGAAUGGUGUGCAGAAAAGUAAAUGAAAUAGCAAUGAUUUUGCAUGUGCAAGGUACUGUAUGUAUCACAGCGUCUUACACAUGCAAAUCUUGAUAUGGUGUAUUAAAUAUGUAUUACAUCAGAUUCCUGAGAUGCCUGAUUAGUUUUUAUGUCAGCAGGGUGUGGGUUUGCAGUUGGCUUUUGUUGGUUUCUAAGAGCUCACAUUGCUCAAAGGAGAUGACCUGCAACUUACCUUGUUGGCACCUGGGAUUGUGUGGGCUGCACAGUGAGUGGGAAUCAGCUCACAGAUCCUACAGGAUGCUAAUUUGGAGAGGGAGAGAGGGGAAGAGAGGCAACCUGUUGUGGCACAGUAGCUAGGCCUGGCCCGCCCCUUCUGGCAACAACCUGGUUUGCUGAGAUCAGUCAUGAACCCGCAGGCAAAGUCUUCUCCGAGGCAGAAACGUAACUACAGCGCUUCACUACUUGUCUACAGGACCGAGAGCCUUCAGGGUGUUACAGCAGAGUUUCUGCUUUGGGUUAGAAAUGCUAAUGAAAAAAAUACUGAAAUCAUGUUUAAUAUAUUUUUGAUUAAAAAUGUCCGUUAUUGCUGUACAGUUUGUUAGGAGUCUCCUUUGUUAGAAGCCUGAUUAAAUUUACUAUGAUAAAAGUAUCUGAUUUUUCAAGUGCUUUUCUGUAAAGUAAGACCUAAGCUUACAAUCACAGAAUAUCUCAAGUUGGAAGGGACCCAUAAGGAUC